UUUCUUCAUACAGUCAUGCAAUCAACGCUUGCUUACCUGGUUUCAAAAUACGCCAAAGAUGACUCGCUUUACCCAAAAGAUAUCCAAAAAAGAGCUAUCAUCGACCAAAGAUUGCAUUUUGAAGGAUCUGUCCUUUUUACUCAUGGAGUGAGAUGUUUUCUUCCUCUCUUUUUCGGAUUAUCUAAAACCAUCCCGGAAGAUCAGAGAAGUCAGACAGAUCAAUACUAUGAGAUGGUGGACAAAUUCCUCGAAGGCAACACAUGGAUUGCUGGUGAUCAGCUGACUAUUGCUGAUUUCUCAUACAUUUCUACACUCAGCGGACUCUCACAAAUAUUCAUUGGCGUGGAGAAAUACAAAAAUAUUUCUACUUACAUGGAUCGCUGCAAGGAAACCAUGAAGGAUUACGAUUCAGCCAAUCAGCAAGGAGUUGACAAGUACGUCGGUAUACUCAAGAACAUUCUACAAUCUGAAUAAUAUAAUUUCACAGAAGUCUGAGAGUUUUUCAAUAUUUUACAAGUCCAACUUAAU